AUGAGGAGUCCCUCGCCGAUACGCCAUACGAAUCGAAGCCCUGCUCCUUUCUCUGGAAAUAAAAUCACCUCGAUAACAGUAAACAGCAUAUCUCGCCCUGGAACCCCAAGUGAGCGCGCGGACUCCCGCAUCGAAGUAAUAACACCUGACGUCCAUUACUACGAUCCGUCAAGCCGCUAUACUCCCGACCUGCCGAACAGAAACCUUGUCCAAGCACCAACAAACUACAGAGAUUUUGUACAAACAACACCGCCAGCUGGUAGACGAGCAGAAAAUCCCCCUGACGGGGACGUCAAAGUCACGAAAAUUAUCCGCAAAGCCCCACCUAGCCCUGGAUCACACAGGAAGAUCUCGACAGGCAGCCAGUCCGGACGACCGAGAAGAGUUCCUCCCAAGGAAAAGCAGCCCGUGCUUAUUGCUUCAAUAGCUAAUUUCGAUAAUCAAGAACCGCGCAAAUACUCCUCUGUGAAACCGCCAAGAAUUAGUUCCGGUGCACAAACUGAUUUCUCCGAUGCAGGCAGCGAUAUUGUCCAACCUGGUGCCGAAAUAUCCAUUUCAAUUCAAGCUGGCUUGGACUUUGCAGGCAGCCAAAUAUCAAGAAGAAAAGGCAGCGAAGGAAAGUGUCAAGUAGAUCUGAUCAAUUCUCCGUCGCCAACUCCGCAGCCACGCACGCCUUCCAAUGUGUCUACGCGGGACUUUGUUCUUUCUCCGCCGCCAACUCCUCCUCCCCUAAAAAGAAAAACGUCAGAUCUUGCGGACGAGAUCAUCAGCAAAAAUGCAGAUAUGCUAUCUUCCUUCCCACCUCCACCGUCAGACAAUAACGCACCGAAUCCACACGAGCUUCAGAUUGGAAACGAGCUGGAAGGCCUGCCACCUGCUCAGGAACCUUCUUCUGGUAGUCCGAAAGUGCCACCGAAACCGCGUCUAGAUAGAAGAACUUCUUUAAAAUUGAAGCAAAGAGCGCAUAUCAGCUCACAAGAACUUCACAGAUCAAAAGCAGGAGUUUUUGACCUGGAGAAGCCGGAAACGCCAAUUUUCUCUGAUGCCGAGAAUUCUCACAUUUCCGGAGCAAUUAUUUCCGAUGGAAAGACUACUGCCGCGGAGGACACUGAGAUUGAAUCUGUCAGGGAAGGGAUAAAACCACAAAAAUACAGCUAG